ACAUUCCGGUGUUUGUAUGUGGCGGUGGGCUUUAACGGCGCUUUUCCGAGCUGUGUGAGUGAUUAUGGCUGCGAACAGCAGCACCGGUUCGGCCACCGAGCCUCCUGGACUGGAGACCCAACGGCGGGAGAUAGACAACCUCAACCAGAACCAGCAACUCCGGGCCGGGGACAGUUGGUAUUUGUUGGACAAAAGAUGGUUUGAUCAAUGGAAAGAGUAUGUGGAGACCGGGGACCAAAAUUCCUCCUCUUAUCCUGGGAAGAUUGAUAACACAGAGCUCUUUGAGGAUCUGGAUUCCUACCAUCUGAAAGAGAGGUUGGUGGAAAAUGAGGACUUUGUCUUGGUACCAGCAGAAGCCUGGCACAAACUCUUGUCGUGGUAUGACAUGAUGGACGGUCAGCCUCCACUGGAGAGAAAGGUCAUUGACCUUCCCAGCACUGUUAAAGUCGAAGUCUACCCUGUGGCGAUCUACCUCUGUCUUUCUAGCAACUUGGAUAAUACUUUACAAGCACAGUUCAGUCGUGCAGAAAAGAUACAUGCUAUACAUCAGAAGAUACGGCAGCAGUUUGAAGUGUCAGAGACUGCUGAAAGCCGAAUGUGGAUGAGGAGUACAGAUACAAGCUCUGAGAGGCUACGCAACCUUAACAUGACUGUACUGGAUGCCUGUCUCAGCUCUGGCAUGACAGUGAUAAUGGAGAUCAGGAAUGCAGAUGGUACGUGGCCCACAUCCAGGCCUCAGAUCAUGCGGAACUCUUCUGAUGAUCAGGACUCGUAUCGAGGUCUUCCAGGAGUGUGUGGCCUUACAAACCUCGGCAACACCUGCUUCAUGAAUUCGGCCUUACAGUGUCUGAGUAACACACCACCACUGACUGAGUACUUCCUAAAGAGCUUGUAUCUGGAGGAACUGAACUUCUCCAACCCUCUAGGCAUGAAGGGUGAAAUUGCGGAAGCCUACGCUGAUGUCAUCAAACAGAUGUGGUCAGGGAGACACUAUUCUGUGGUUCCCCGUGUCUUUAAGACUAAGGUUGGCCACUUUGCAUCACAGUUUCUGGGAUACCAGCAACAUGACUCUCAGGAGCUGCUGUCCUUCCUGCUGGACGGUCUUCAUGAAGACCUUAACCGAGUCAAGAAGAAGGAGUAUAUUGAACUCAGGGAUGCAGACGGUAGACCUGACCAGGAAGUGGCUGAGGAAGCGUGGCGCAACCAUCUGCGGCGGAACGAUUCGGUCAUCGUUGACACAUUCCAUGGGUUGUUCAAGUCAACGCUGGUGUGCCCAGAGUGUCACAAGGUCUCUGUGACCUUUGACCCCUUCUGCUACUUGAGCGUGCCCUUACCUGUCAGUAACGAGAGAGUCAUGGAGGUUUUCUACGUUUCCCUCGAUCCUAUGGCCAAGCCAACCCAGUAUCGGUUGAUUGUCCCUAAAGCUGGCCGAGUGUUUGACUUGUGCACUGCCCUCUCUCAGGCAACAGAUGUCCCACCUAACCAGAUGAUGGUGGCUGACGUGUUCAAUCACAGAUUCUAUAAGAUUUAUCAAGCUGACGAGUCCUUAAGCUGUAUACUGGACCGGGAUGACAUAUUUGUGUAUCAGCUGAGCAGCGGCUCUGUGGAUCAGGAUGGUGAUGAGGUGGUUCUGGCCAUCUACAUGCGUGAACGCUCUCACUACAGAGAUUACGGCUCGGGCAGUAACAGUUAUGGCACCUCUCUGUUCGGUCACCCGCUGCUGAUGUCUGUGCCACGCGCUCAGUGCAUACAGGAAGAGCUUUACCAGCUCCUACUGAAAAGACUGGCGCGAUAUGUCCAUCCCCAAGACCCCUCAGAAGAAGUAGAGGAAGAAGAGGAGGGUGAGGAUGGAGGAGAGGAAGAAGAGGAGGAAGAGUUGUACAAAGCUCAGACCAAUGGAGUUAGUGAUGAUGAGGGUGAGGAAGACUCUGUAGAGGCAGGGCCAUCCAAGAAAGCGGAAGAGCAGUCACAGGAGAGCAGUCAAGUUGAUGGACCUAACAACAGCCAGUCAGAAGCCAGGCCGAGCAGCGAGGGGGAGAAGAGAGCUGAGGAGGAGUCUAGCAGUGAACCAGACCGAGGCAGCAGUACAGAGGAGGGCCAAUCAGCAGGCGGCAGCACCGACACAAAUUCCCAAGAUGCCACUGAUGGAGACCAGAGUGCCGGCGCAGAACCUUCGGGAAAAGAGGAAGAGGAUGAAGAUGAGGAGGAAGUUGGAGAAGAGGCCACACUUUGUGCACAGGCAAAUAAGAGGCUUCCAGGAAGACGGCGCUUCACACAGAGGUGGAAAAAAUCCCUCUUUACGAUUCAGUCUGUGAAUUCUAAUGGCACCACAGAGCGAGGGAUGGGCGAGGCAGGCAGCAACUUCUCUUUCAGCUCUCAGCAAUACAUUGCCAUCGACUGGGACCCUGACAUGAAGAAGAAAUACUACAAUGAGAAUGAGGCUGAGAAAUAUAUAAAGCAUCAGAGCAUGGACGUCCCUCACCAGCAGAUGACAGUACAACUGCAGGAAUGUAUAGCGCUCUUUACCACGGUAGAGACACUGGAAGAGGAAAACCCCUGGUAUUGUCCUACAUGUAAGAAGCAUCAGCUUGCCACUAAGAAAUUGGAUCUGUGGUCUUUGCCGGAGGUUCUUAUCAUCCAUUUAAAGCGUUUCUCCUACACCAAGUACUCUCGAGAGAAACUGGACACAAUUGUGGAUUUUCCUCUACGGAAUUUGGACUUCUCAGAUUUUCUCCUGAAGAAGACGGUGAACAGUGCUGAACCUCCCUGCAGAUACGACCUCAUUUCUGUGUCCAACCACUAUGGCGGACUCCGAGACGGACAUUAUACUAGUUAUGCCAGGAACAAGGAUGACUGCCAGUGGUAUUACUUUGAUGACAGCAAGGUGACCUAUGCAAGGGAGGAACAAAUUGUGACAAAUGCCGCCUACCUCCUGUUCUACCAGCGCCAAGACAAGAUCCGCCAGCCCACCGCCCCUCCAUUUGUACCUUCCUCCACCCAACCAGAGAACCACGUCACAUUCCAGUCCCAUGAUGGUGAGGAUGGAGCCACUUCCUGUGUCAGCAUGGAGACUGACUAAUUUCGUCCAUCCUUUCCUCUGCUUUUUCUUUUUCUCACUCCACUUCUGUCUUUCAAUCUCUUGUCACUUCCUCCAAAUAUUUUGAUCAUCCUCUUUCACUCAGAUUUUUGUUUUGUUUCAUUUAGUCUUACUUAACAGAAACUUGAACCUCUGCCAGUGCUCUGACUCCUACAGGAAGUGGGCGGCAGGGGCUACUCUCUCAGGCUGGUGCGAGAGCAUCAUGGGGUGGGAAUGCAGAUUGUUUUGUUUUCUUAACAAUAGACUCAAGGAAACAGGUUAGGCUUGUAGCCGAUUUAGAGACUGCACGCUGAUUUGUCUGCAUUGCUCUAACAAUGAUGAGAAUCUGGUGAAUGAGGUUGCACUGCAGCAGAGUUUGUGGUCAGCCAUAUUGUCGUUUGCACUGCAGUUCAUCAUCAUAUGCUAACAUCAGUGCAUUUCCUUGUUGGUUUUUUCAUAAGCUUGUUUUUCUGAUCUAGCUAAGCUACUGUCUACAGUGAUGUUUGAUCUACAUGCACAACCCUGGGCCAAUUUCCACUACUCUACUGCUUUUAUGUUGAAUUUAGCAUAAAGAACCAGUUUGCUAUGUAUUCCAUCUGGGUUUUCUUUCAAGAGUUCUUGUUGUUCCAUUAGAACUUUUGGUUUUCCAUCAGAAGCUCUGUUUUUGUUUUUUGUCAUUAGACCUUUGGUUGUUCCAUCAGAAACUUUGUUUCAUAAGAACCUGUGGUUGUUCCAUCAGAAAAAAAAAUCUGAUUUUUUUUUUUUUAGAACCUUUUGGUUGUUCCACCAGAAACACAUUUUUCUAACUUCUGUUAUUUUCCUCAGAACUUUUGGUUGUUCCAUCAGAAAAAAUUUUUUUUCCAUCAGAUUUGAUUUUUUUAGAGCCUUUGGUUGUUCCACCAGAAACAAAGUUUUUCUCCAUCAGAAGUUCUGUUUUUUUUUUUUUUUGUUUUUUUUUUUUUUUUUAGAACCUUUGGUUCUUCAUCAGAACCUGUGGUUGUUCCAUCAGAAAAAAAACAAUUUCCAUCAGAUUUUUUUUUUAGAACCUUUGGUUGUUCCACCAGAAACACAUUUUUCUAACUUCUGUUAUUUUCCUCAGAACUUUUGGCUGUAACAUCAGAAGGUCUGUUUUUUUCCCAUCAGAACUUCUGGUUGUUAAAUCAAAACCUUUGGUUGGUCCAUCUGAAAUUCUUUUUUUUUUUUUUUCAUCAUAAACUUUAGUUGGUCCAUUAAAACGUUUGGUUGUUCUAUCAGAACAUUUGGUUGUUUCAUCAGAACUUUUGGGUGGUCUAACAGAACUUCUAGUUGUUCCGAGCAGCAACAUUUAGUGCGGUAGUUAUUAGCAGGGAUGGAGGAGCCUCGUUUCUCAAUCAGGGACAUCAUAGUCAGAAAUCCAGCUAUUGCAAUUUGAUUUCUGCUGUCUUCUUGUAAAAAGUUGGAAAUAAGGUGGAGGUAAAAAAAAAAAAAAAAAGUCUAUCCACUCACUUGUGAACUAUUUAUUUUUAUAAAUGCCAGAUGCUAAUAUGGAGUGAGAGAGAGCUGUAAUUCUAAUUCUCAAGAGCGGUGUUUCAAGGCUUCUAAAAGAUCUUCCAUUUUUAUUUUUCAUUCUUGUGAUGGUUUUUAUUCUGCUGUCGUAAAGUCUGAUAAUGGCCCUCUGUUGCGGGACACAAACGGAGGCGAGAAUUUGCUUUUUUUUUUUUUUUGUAAACAAAAGGAAAAUACACAAUAGGAUUUAAAUAUCACAUUCUAUUGGACUAAUUGUGUGCAAUUUAUACUGAACUCUUUGGAGCAAUGAGAAUAUUUCAGCAAAGUGCUUUCUGGAUAGAGCUCUUUAUUGUGUUAAUUUUUAAGGCGCCUCUGUACAGUAUUUUUGUAUUGUAAUAUGUUGUAUUAUCUUUGAUCAUCUGGAUCAGAUGCUGGGGAUGGGGGAGCUUUCAUUUUAUUUUGUUAAUAAUUAUAAAUUGAAUAUAUAAUUGUAUACACAUCUUUUGAUAUGAAUAAAUGAUGACUAUAAAGUUAAGGAUUUUACA